CAAUAUAUUGCAGGUAAAACCUGACAGCUGAUUACACUAUAUUUAUACAAUAGUUUCAAGGGGUUAUAAUUUGUGCAUUCACCGUGUUGAAAUUAAUUUUGCUUAAUGUUUAAAGCUUUGAUGAAUAGCCUUCAUAUCGUCACGUCAAAGCAGAAUCGGAAUUUAAUUUAGAAUACAGUAAACCAGGCACAGGAGAUAACGUUGAGAUUUUACAAGCAAGAUGGGGGGCUAUAGACUGCACAUUUUCGGGCUCUGUCUUGUAUUAGCAAACAUUAGUCAGGCCGUCAAACUGGUCAAAACUAACGUCACCGGCCCAACUACCUACAUCGGCCAGGCCGACACGGUACGUUUCGACCAAACUGAUUACGUCAUUGCCAGGUUUCUUGGGAUUCCAUUCGCCAAGCCGCCAAUCGGAGAGCGCCGGUUCCAGAAGCCGGAGCCGGCAGUAGUGACGGACACGAUGUACGACGCGCGGAGGUUUAAGAGCAUCUGCGUGCAGAUGAGCAAGCCGUCGAGCCCGUGUGUGAGCAGGCAGACGAUGAGCGAGGAUUGUCUGUACGUCAAUGUGUACGUCCCGCUGUCUAAACUAGCGCCCACUGAUGUGGCCGGCGAUAUCACGGCUAUUAACGGUUCUCUGACAACCGGUUUAACCGGCUCCGCCUUGCUCCUGCCGGCUGAGAAAAAAGCCGUGUUUGUGUACAUCUUCGGCGGGGCUUGGAUUGAGGGCAACGGCAACUGUUACGACGGCUCAGUCUUAGCCGGUCUCGGUGACGUCAUCGUCGUGACGUUUAACUACAGAGUUGGUCUUUUGGGGUUUGCGGCCACGGAGGAUGACGUCAUACCCGGAAAUGCCGGUCUAUGGGAUCAAAUCCUGGCUUUACAAUGGGUUAAAGAUAAUAUCGGGAUAUUCGGCGGUGACUCCGGUUGUGUGACCGUAGGCGGAACAUCCGCGGGCAGCAUAAGUUCUUUAACGUUUGGGCUACUGCCGGAUUACGGGCAGCUGUUUCAGAGGAUGAUCCCCAUGAGCGGGUCCGUCUGUCCCAUGAAGUACAUCAGCACGACGGGGUACGGCACCACCCUCUCCGGGGCCCAGAAGUUAGGCUGCGACACCCGGGGCUCCAAGCAAGACAUCAAAUCCUGCCUGAUGAACCAAACAGCUCAAAGCCUUGCGUACGCCAUUCCGGAAAUUCAAGUUCCGUUUGGACUUCCGAUUGCGACUGUCGUUGAGGCGCCUCUCAUCCCCACACACCCCUGUGAGCUUAUCACUGGGGAUGUCGGCAUGGACCAAACAAAACAACAGGCCUUAAACAAAUUCGGACAGAAAGAUUUACUCAUCGGAAUCGUCUCGGAAGACGGGGAAUCGAGCUACCAAAUCUGGAGCUUCGUCAACCACAUCAACAAAACCGCGAACCCGUUCAUCUCUAUGGAAAUACUCACUCAAAUGAUUUUCGAUUUCUUUGCAUCAAAAUACAACGAAAACAUCAACGAUUACAAGUACAUUAUCGAUACUGCUAUAGAUCGAUACCUAGACUGGGCAACAGUUAAGGACGAUGCUGAACGAAGCAACCAAGUUGUUGCGCUGUUGACGGAUUUAUUUUUUAAACUCCCGACCGUCGAUGCCAUCCGUGCUCACGAGCAGCGCGCGAGUAACGUGACGUCACGUGGGAAAAGAUACCUGUACAGACUCAAGUGGCCGAGGACCAGCGCCCUCUACCAGCAGUACAUCUACAAGUGGUUCGAAGGUUCGGAGCACGACAGCGAUAUCGUCUACGUCUUCGGUGACGUCACAGACCAGGUGGAUGUCGCCAUCUCGAAGGUCAUCAUGACCUACUGGACCAAUUUCAUCAAAACGGGCAACCCAAACAAUGGAAGUGUGAACAGUCUGACGAAAUGGGACGAGUACAGUGUCAACAACCCUUGCUACAUGGACAUCUCAUCAACUGCAGAGCUGAAGAUGGGACUUGGGGAGGACAGCCGCCAUUUUUGGAAUGAACUGAUCCCUAAUUUAAAAAGUCAACUGGACAGUAGGUUCAAGGUCGGUGCUGAAACCGUCAAAGACUGCAGCCGGAACCGUGCAGGCGGCAGGAGAAGCUUCCAGACGUUGGUUCUAGCUGCCAUUAGUGUGGUCUGGCUACUUGUGUGAGAUUGUGUGGUGUAUCUCAAGCCCGGUGGAUGUUUCUGUGUUAGGGAAGGGAGACAGGGGAUGGUUGAUGUGUGAUCUAAUCAAUGUGUUUUGUUUACUGAUGUGAAACUGUCUAGUGUAUCAUGUACCCGGUGGAUGUUUCUGUGUUAGGGAAGGGAGACAGGGGAUGGUUGAUUUGUGAUCUAAUCAAUGUGUUUUGUUUACUGAUGUGGAACUGUCUAGUGUAUCAUGUACCCGGUGGAUGUUUCUGUGUUAGGGAAGGGAGACAGGGGAUGGUUGAUGUGUGAUCUAAUCAAUGUGUUUUGUUUACUGAUGUGAAACUGUCUAGUGUAUCAUGUACCCCGUGGAUGUUUUACUUUUGCUGUCUGCUAGUUGUCGGAAAAACUUAGAUCUUUAUGUCGGGACAUUGAUUUUUUUUUUUGCUGUCUGCUAGUUGUCGGGAAAACUUAGAUCUUUAUGUCGGGACAUUGAUUUUUUUUUUUUUUUUUGCUGUCUGCUAGUUGUCGGGAAAACUUAGAUCUUUAUGUCGGGAAAUUGAUUUUUUUUUUGCUGUCAGCUAGUUGUCGGGAAAACUUAGAUCUUUAUGUCGGGACAGUGAUUUUUUUUUUGCAACUGAGAAAUGUUAUCUGCGUAUUUAAAACUAUAUAUAUAUAUGUGUGUGUAUGUGUGUGUGUGUGUGCUUGUAUAUUUGUUUUGGGAUAAUGUGUCUAGCAGUUUGCUAUUUGAUACGACAAAAGUGUUUUCGUUCCCGGUGUAAAACUGCUUAGAUUACUGUGGGGUGAGGGGGGUGUGGGGUCCAGCAUAGCACUCACGUAUGUUGACACAUCCUCUGUACUCACCCACACCUUCUGGUCGAGCUGUCUUGUAAGGUAAUUCAAACUUUAAGCACAAACUUGCGUGGAUUAAUUUUUUUAAAAUUUAGAUUAUACUAAUGUCGAAGUAGUUUUUUCUACCUUAUAAAUAAAAGCUAAAAAUAGUAUGCUCUUUUCCUUCCCUGUCCAUUAGUUUUUAUAAUUUUAGCAUUGCCCCGCAUUGACUAAACAACGAGAGAUAACAUUGUCAUGUAAUACGAGUCAUGUUAUACGAGUCGUGUUAUUAUACGAGCUAGCGGGGAUGCCUUGACAGCUCGAAUCAUAAUUCAGUACACCACGACAGUGCCAAGCUCUGUAAAUUCAAACUAGCCAUAGCUUUCACGGUUCGUUUAGUUGUGUGUAAUUAAAUAGACGUCAGGUGUGAUAG